AUGGCCACUGAAACCCAGGGUACUUUUGAGGUGGACGGUCAUAAGCUGCACAGCACGACCUGGACGCCCCAAGGCCCCAUCAAGGCCAAGCUCGUUUUUGUCCAUGGCUUCAGCGACCACGUCGGCCGCUACUCCGAGUUCUUUCCUUACCUCGCGGGCCGCGGCAUCCAGGUCUUCAGCUGGGACCAGCGUGGAUGGGGCCGCAGCGCCGCGAAGCCCGCCGAUAGGGGCCUCACGGGCCCGACGUCGCGCGUGCUCGCCGACGUGGCUGCUUUCAUCCGCGACAAGCUUUCGCCCUCGUCCUCGUCUUCAGCGGACGCGAAUGUGCCGGUAUUCGUCAUGGGCCAUUCCAUGGGCGGCGGCGAGGUUCUCGCGCUGGCAAGCGAUCCGCAGUAUAACGACCUCGUCGCUCAGGUGCGCGGGUGGCUCCUUGAGAGCCCCUUCAUCGCCUUUACACCCGGCGAGGAGCCGAGCUUCUUAAAAGUCUUCUUCGGCAAGCUCGCGAGCCGCGUGCUGCCGAAACAGCAGCUCGUCAACGAGAUCCCCGCCGAGAAACUUACGCGCGACCCAGCAGUGCAGCAGAGUAUCCGCGAUGACGACAUGAUGCACAACACGGGCACGCUGGAAGGGCUCGCCGGGAUGCUCGAGAGGACAGACGCGCUGGCCAACGGUAAGCUGCGGCUCAGCCCGGAAGUCAAGAGCCUAUGGCUUGGCCACGGCACCGAGGACAAGACGACGUGCUUCCAUGCCAGCAAGAAAUGGCUUGGCGCGCAGAGCAUCGACGACAGCAAGCACAAGCCGUACGAGGGGGCGUACCACCAGCUGCACGCGGACCUCUGCAAGGAUGAGUUCUUCAAGGACGUUGGAGACUGGGUCUUGGAGAGGGUUGAGGAGACUGCUGCAAGGCCCGAGUCCAAGUUGUAG